UUUGUGGAUUCGUCGGAUUGAGCCAGAUCUGGGAACUUCACUCUACAAUGCCUGACUCGGAGCCUUGCACCCCUGACACCCCAUCUGCCACUGCUUCACCAUCAUCCUCUGAAGAACAUGGGCCUUCCACAGCUCCAUCGUCACCAUCCCCCUCUUGUGAGCCUGGCGCCUCGUCGUUUUCACCACCAUUAUCUGCCUGCAUCUCAACCUUCCAUCCUGAACUGCCUCCUAUUCCACCACCAGCAUCUGCCUCCCCUGCCACCCUGCACCCUGGACUUUCCCCUGUCCCACCACUGCCUGCUUCUAGCUCAUCCCUACACCCUGGAAUUUACUCACCAGCAGCUGUCUCACAUGCCAAUGCCACUCACCUUAUUGAUUGGUUGCCCUAUCUUGCCUCAGGAACAUCCGCCAUCGUCCGGGGGACAGAGGAAGAGCUGCCGCACACAGGGACAGGCCCCACCGAGAAUGUGAAAAGGUGUGGAAGUGUGCCUCUGCGUGUUUAUGGGGAGGGAGAUGAUCAGGCGGGAUGUGUGGAGGAGCUGCCUCCUGAGACUGUUUGCUCAUCUCCGGCUGCCCACAGCAAGCCCUCCAGUUCUGAGCAGGCAUCAGUGAGUGUAGGAGACAUACUGUCAGAGUUGCGGAUAAUGAACAGUCACCUUUCUAUCAUAGCUCGAGCCCUCAGCCAGUUAGCAUCAUCCUUUGCACCCCAGCAGGAUUCCACAGAUGCCCCAGCUCCUUAGGGCACUCUUCACUGCACAGUUAACCCGAGCUCUUACCUGGGUUUGGAGGUGCUUCCAGCCUGGGCUAGCUUACCUGGCUGGGGGUGGGUUUGGGUCAGAGCCCAAGCUCUGCUUUAACUCAGGCUGAACAAACCCACCUUGCAAUGAGGCAAAAUCACUUGGAUGCUGCUAGUCCUCCAAUGGUCUUCUGAUAAUUCCUCCCGGAAGGGCAGACAAGUUCUCCCACAACUGACACAAGUGACUGGGAAAGAAUCCUACAGCAGUGGCUCUCAACCUUUCCAGACUACUGUAUCCCUUUCAGGAGCCUGAGUUGUCUUGCGUACCCCAAGUUUCACCUCACUUAAAAAUGACUUGCUUACAAAAUCAGACAUAAAACUAC